AUGUCGUUACUUGCGCUGCUUCCCUCUAUACCCUGGACGACUUUUCUGACGUCCUCCAGCGUCACUGAUACGGAGGCAGUCCAGACCGAAACCCCAGCUCCUCCCGCGCACGUGGUCAAUGAGAAUCGAGCCACGAAAGAUCAAAACAAGGAGCCCUCGUCUGCGACUAUUGAGAACCUGUCUUCCCCCGAUCCUGCGUCUACCACGGCGCGCACCUCGGAGGUUGUUGGUUCGCUGGGAAGUAGACAGGCGUCAGCGGAUCCGGGAGAAGGUUCAUCGUCCCCGAUAAUCCCACAGGAGAACGGAACGUCAGAGUCGCCAACCGUGGUCACGGGUGAACCUGCCCCGACAGGUCCGUCGUCGAAGACAGUCCCAGACGGGAACCCGCCAGCGGAGCCAUCAGCCGCAGUGCCUGCUGGAGAACCUACCCCGACGAUUCGCGAUGAUGACAGUACAUCUAGUCUAGACUCGGACGAUAUCGACAAAGACGCCAACACAGCCGUCGAUGAUCGCACCUACAAUGGCCGUAGACACGGGUCACGGAAGAGAACAUGCGAUUGCAGCGACAAAACCCGGAACCUGGUCGUCUGCAUCGACGGUACUUCGAAUGAAUUUGGCGAGAAGAAUACGAACGUCAUAGAGCUCUACAGUCUUAUCCCCAAGGGCGAGGCAGACAAUCAGCGCACAUACUACAACAGUGGUAUUGGGACAUAUGCCGGUCCGUCACGGAGGUCGCUGUCAAAAGUGUUAGGCACAAAGCUUGACCUUGCCAUCGCAUGGAACUUCGAAACGAUCGUCCUCGACGCUUAUCGUUGGCUUUCGGAGACAUACCAUGAUGGCGACCGGAUCUUCCUCUUCGGAUUCUCUCGUGGAGCGUAUCAAGUGCGAGUACUGUCAGCCAUGAUACACAAGGUCGGACUGAUUGAUCGUGGUAACGAAAAGCAAAUACCAUUCGCUUAUAAAUGGUACACCAAUACCGAUAACUCGGAAGAAGAGAAGGAGCACUCGUUCGCCGCUCGGGUUGCGAAGGAAGCACCAGCCUCCCUUGAGAAGCCCUCUGCGCCAACGAGCUCAGAUCCGCGUAGUCGCAUUCAUACUGCGAAACGUUUCAAGGAGGUCUUUUCGCGCAAUGUGCAGGUACAUUUUGUGGGAGCUUGGGAUACUGUAUCCUCGGUCGGAAUCAUGCGGGGUCGCAAACUCCUACCGGGAACGGCCGAUGGUAUGGAGCACGUUUGUUACUUUCGGCACGCCCUUGCUCUAGAUGAACGACGAGUCAAGUUCUUACCAGAGUAUGCAUGCGGUGCUAUGGGACCUGUGCAACCCAGAUCAGACCUACAAAAGAGAUUCAGCGACACGAAGGAGGUCUGGUUUGCAGGAACUCAUUCAGACGUCGGAGGAGGAAAUGUCAAGAAUGAAAACCUCGAUAGUGCGCGGCCCGCUCUCAGAUGGAUGUACGCAGAGGCAUCGGUAGCCGGGUUAUACUUCGACCUCUUCAAACGCAAAACAAAAGUCAGCGACGACGGUAAUAUCAAGGUAAACGAGUCAUUGUCCGGAGCAUGGUGGUUACUGGAAUACCUCCCGCUCCGACGCUUGAAGUAUACGACCAAGGGUGACAAGGUGGGGAAGGAGACAACGCGCCGAUUUCAUUGUGGGAACGCGCGUGUUAUACAGAAAGGCCAGAAGAUACACCCAUCUGUCUGGCUCUCCGAGAACUUGUUGACCAAGUAUCUUCCACGCGCUCGUGUACACGACUCAACAUCGGACGAAAAGGUUUUAGAGGUUGAGUUCUGGCUUAGGAUGGAGUUUUGGCGUACCAUGAAAGGGCGGCAGGACAUCGAGGCAGACGGUACAGCUCUAAAUCCGUGGAAGGAAGUCGAUAUCUAUGAGGUCACGGCUCAUCUCGUUCAGCAAUACACCGCCACUAAGUAUGGAAGGCAAGAGGAUAACAGACAGAAGACAUUGCUCACUGCGAUGCGCACCCAUGCAGGCUCAGUUGAAGGUUGGCUGGCGUUGAGCCGCGAGGUCACCCAACUCUUGGAAGAGGACAAGCUUGUCCAUCUAUCCAGUCUGUGUGACAUCCUUGAAGUUCUCAUCAAGACCUCGAGCACUCCCGUCAGCUCCGUCGGUUCCUAUAGGAUAUUACGUUCCCAAAUGUUGUCUCACUUCCAGGACGCGACCGAGCAUGAGAACAAGAUUGCCCGCGACUUCUUGACCAGAUUCUCAGACUUCCAACAAGUCCUAUAUGGCCACACGGGUGUGAUACGUGAUCUUGCAUUUUCUUCUGACGGCAAGCGCAUCGUUUCGGGUUCGUACGAUCACACAAUUCGGAUCUGGGAUGCGAAGUCGGGUCAGAUGUUGGGCAAACCUUUGGAGGGACACACCGACGCAAUCGAAACCGUGGCGUUUUCCCCAGAUGAUAAGCGCAUCAUCUCGGGCGCUGACGACACCACGAUACGGAUAUGGGACGUAGACUCUGGUCUCAUGGAAGGAAAACCUUUAGAAGGGCACAGGGACCCAGUCAUCUCCGUCGCGUUCACCUCGGACGGAAAGCGCAUCAUGUCAGGCGCGAACGACAAGAAGGUUCGGAUCUGGGAUGCUGAGACGGGACACUUGGCGGAGAGCCCGUAUAAGGCACCCAAGGGCCCCUUACGGUGCAUCGCGUUUUCUCCAAAUGGCCGGCGUUUGGCAGGGGGAUAUGAAGACACGGUCCGCAUUCGGGAUGCGGAAACGGGCAAGACAGUGCUGGCGGGGGCACCCGUGAAGGGACACAAUGCUUCGGUCCAUGUUGUCGCAUUCUCAUACGACGGAAAGCGCGUAGUUUCUGGAUCCUCGGAUAAGACGGUCAGGCUGUGGGACGCGGAGACGGGAUUGACGAUCGGUGAUCCGUUUGUGGGGCACGACGACUCGGUCUGUAUGACUCGCACUGGACGCGCCCAGCAGCACGAUCGCUCGGUGAACAAGGGCGGCGUCGACACCAGCAUUCGCAAGGGCAGAGCGGGCGCCCACGAUCGAGGUCCCGUCGACAACGAGACUCGCGAAGAGCAGCAAGUCCUUGAGGAAGAGGGCCUUGAGAGCUAG